UCGGACGAUUCUGCUUCGACGGCAUGCUUGAGUUAUUCGUUCGUUACAGCUUCCCUUUGUCUGAAGAUCGGCAGGUCUGCGAGGAAAGUGCCGCGUCGAUCGAACGUUGCCCUACAGUCCACGCGUAGAGUGAGGCCGCGCGCCUCCGUCCAGGGUACCCGUGUGCCCUUGUCGUCAUCGUCGUCGUCGUCGCCGUCGUCGUCGUGCCAACCACCAGCAUCCAGAGCGCAACGGAUCGGCGGCACUGGCCGGAGACCAUUCAAAUAUACGUUUUCACCGUGCCCAGUUCUGCGCCGCGUGCGCUCCCAAGGAGGGCCACACGGCGCUCCUCCUGGGACCCCGCCCGCACACAUAUAGCCAUUUUCCAGCGAUGUGCCGGUGGCUCCCGGCAGCCUUCAUCUCUCUGGGGCUCGUGCCCCUGAAGCUCCUGUACGUGCCCGAGGGCGACGAGGUGGCACAGAUCUGCCGGAUCAGCGCGGUGUUCCUGGAGUCCGACCCAACGAUCCACCUGGCGUCGUUCGAGAACGUGAAGGCGUACGAGGACUCCUGCCGCGAGACGUUCCCGUCGCUCGGCGCAAGGGAGCGCGAGCUGGUGCUCACCGCGGCGAGAGCCGGAAAUUUGGAGGGCGUCCUCAACGUGAGCCAUACCUCUCAGCGCUGGUCGAUGCCGUACGCGGACCCGCGCACUUGCCAUGGAAGUGCGCGGGAAAAGCAGUUCCUUGAGCUGGACAUGGCCGAGUGGAAAACGUAUUGGACCACCAGCUCGAAUGAGUGGUCAGCGAAUCCGUUGCAUGCGGAGGCCAUUCAUUAUUCCAAGGUGGCCGACGCGUGGAAGCACGGGCUCACGGCCACGUUUGAUGCAAGGCAGAUGCUGCCAGAGAGCAUGUUCAACGUGACCUGGUCCGAUAUCAGCGAUUUCGCGGGCGAGGCGCGCAAGGACAUUCCUGUCGGGGUCGGGUCGGCCAUGCGCGCCACCGAGACCUCGAGGGUGUGCACGGACUGGCUCCCCUACUUCACGCAGAAGGCCACGGAGUGGGGCCUGAGAUCGUUCAAGUUGCAGUUCGCAAGGAAAAUACUGAUCCCGCUGAUCAUGUGGAGGUAUUGUCCCGACAGAGGUGCUAUCAGUCUGGAGCGCUUCGUGGAGCGCGCCAACGAGGCCGCCAAUCACACGAGCAUCCCGUACUCGGUGUAUGACGGUUCGAACGCGAAAGCUGCCAAGCACGUGAUGGACAAGCUGUGGGCGGACGCGCGGGUCGCGGGCCGUGGCCAGCCGUGGCUGCCGCUGUCGAACAUGAACGGGCGUCACCUGCCGAAGUUCGCGGACGUCAACCUGGGCCUCAAGCUUGGCCUUGCCCCUGGCGAGCUGGAGGCCACUCACAGUCUGCUGUGGACUGGGACAACACCUGGAGCGUUCCACACGGACUACCAGGACAACGUCUUGAUCCAGCUCAGUGGUUCCAUAGAGGUCAUCGUCUUCCCUGCGAACUGCGCCAUCCGUUUUCUUCCAGGACACCUGAACUUGAAGAAGGCGGUCGAGACGGAGAACAUCGACCAGGUCUCGACCCUCUUCUACCACGUGAAGCUCCGAGCGGGGGAGG